AUGGCCCGUUGGUGCCGGUAUCUCCGAUCCCCAGGGAUUCGCGAGGAGGUCCAUGGUGCCUCACCAAACCUGGAUUGCAAGAACGACAACAUCGGCAUCACAGUCUUGGAAACAUCUCCAGGCGGCCCUGGUAGCACUGGAGCUGCCAAAAUCCAGGCUGCGGAGGCAGUGGGUGGCAGGAAAGGCAGGUAUCUGCUCUAUGCAGGGUAUUCUGGCGAUGAUGAUGGUCAUCUAGUAGGUCUGGUCAAAUCAUUGACGGGGCAUAUCCUAACUACCUAUCUUCUAAUCUGUAGUGAGCUGGACAACGCGACAGUUGGAACUUAUCGCAACUUCGCAACUUCCGACUUCGAUGCCCUGUCGAAGCUCGCCACCUUGAAUACAGCUGCGAGCAUCAUUUCCGCCGUGACAAAACCUCCGAUCGCUAAAAUCUCGGAUGUCCUUGGGCGAGGCGAGGCAUAUAUUCUCGCCGUAUUGUGUUACAUCCUAUCUUAUGUCCUUUGUGCCUCUUCCAAAACUUUCGAUACCUACGCAGGCGGCUACGUCUUCUAUUCCAUUGGUCAAGCCGGGACUUCUUUGCUCAAUGCCACGAUCGUGUCUGAUCUAUCUUCCAUGCGAUGGCGAGGCUUUGCUUACAACAUUCUCUAUGUCCCUUUCCUGAUUACUCCAUGGGUGUCCGCCUUCAUUGUCGAUAGUGUUGUCAAUGGAAUUGGCUGGAGAUGGGGGAUUGGCAUGUUCGCCAUUUUGAUGCCUUUUGGAGCUAGUUUCAUCAUUACUACGCUGUUCAUCUUUCAGUGGCGAGCCAGAAAGUCAGGGCUGGUCUUGACUGAAAAGCUAAGCAUCUAUGAGUUUUGCUCGCGCAUCGACUUGGGUGGUCUCAUUCUUCUUAGUGGCGGGUUUGCCCUGAUCCUGAUCCCGAUCACGUUGGCUGCCACUGUUGCGGACAGGUGGAAGGCGCCUUGGGUUGAUGCUCUCAUUGCGGUGGGCGCGAUUAUCCUAGUGUGCCUCUACCCAUAUGAGAAGUACGCAGCCCGGCAUCCUGUUGUCCCAGUGCACUAUUUUCGUAAUCUGUCUGUCCUCAUCCCGGUUGUCCUGGUUGCAAUCGACAACAUCAGCUUCGGUGCCACGCAUACUUAUUUGUAUGUCUGGUCCAUGGUCUCUCACAACUUCAAUGCCCGAGAUGCCCAGUUUAUCUAUUACGCAAACGGGGUCAUGCAGGCUUUGGUAGGGAUGGCGACGGGUCUUAUCAUGUAUCGCAUGCGGUCCUACAAGUGGAUUGGAGUGGCAGGUGCCAUCAUUCGCAUGGUCGGAUAUGGAGUGAUGGUCCGGCUACGUACGAAUAAGAGCUCUGUUGCCGAGCUAGUUGUCGUGCAGCUCGUUCAGGGGAUUGGAAGUGGCAUCAUUGAAACGGUCGCCGUGGUGGCUGCUCAGAUUGCCGUAUCUCAUGCUGAAAUGGCCCAGGUCACGUCCCUGGUCAUGCUGGCCGCCUACCUCGGUAACGGAAUCGGAUCUUCUAUUGCAGGAGGGAUUUAUUCAGGGGAAUUACGCCAGCAGCUACGGUUGCACCUUGGGCCCGAGGUGAGCCCGACCGAGGUGAAAAAACUGUACAAUUCGAUCACAGGCACGUUGCCCGCUUCGGGGUCCCCCGAGCGGAUGGCGAUAGAUAGAGCUUAUUCUGAUGUUAUGGGACUCAUUACUAUUGCGGCUCUUGCUUUCUCCGCCCCUGUCGUGGUACUGUCGUUACUGCUGCCGAAUAAGAAGCUUGGAAAUGGGCACAAUCUCAUGCAAUCUAAAGGCAGCCCUGCCUCUUCAGACGUGCCUUCCUUGAAUGAUGAGAAG